AUGAUUUGCAAGCUCAUCAUCUCUACUGCUCUGCUACUUGCUGGAGCACAAGCUCAGCAAGCCACCAACUGCGAAUACCAGUCAUUGAAGUGCGCUUCCGUCCUGCUCGGUACCCCUUAUACCCAACUCAUUGCAGCAGUUAACGACACAGUCUCAAUCCCGCCCCUCACAACUGCUCAGAUCUCCCAAUGCUUGUUCCACUGCACCGAUAUCCUCGGCACCAUCACCGGAAACAGCUACUGCUUCGCUGGCUGUGACACCAAGCCCGGCACUCGCAAUGACCAAUGCAUCAUGUAG